UGGUUCCCCUUCCGUGAAGCCAAGUGAGCUACUUUCAUCAAAAGUUCAAAGUUUGUGCCCAACGAUAACUGGAAAUGUCUGUUGUACGGAGACUCAAUUUGACACCUUGCGAUCACAAGUCCAGCAAGUGCUGAGUUGGAGAUGACUCUAGCCUUCUCAUCUGAGGAAAGUUCUUGAUUUUUGUCACGAUUGAGAUCUUGUAGAAUAUCUACUGAUUCAUUCAUCAAUUUUGUUUUAAAUCCUCUACUUACCACAAAUUGUCUGAUUAAUAUUAGUAAGGUACGGGGGGGCACACUGUGCGUAAUUUAAAUUGUCAGAAGUCAAUCACGAAUAGACACAAGUUGAGAGAAAAUAAUAGCAUAGGAUAGUAGGGAUAGAAGGUGGAAGAAAGGAAUUACAGGGAAUGUGAAUAUAAUGGCUCUUCAAUCACUUCUUUUUUCUGGUUGGUAGGGUGGUUAUAAGAGUAUAAUGCGUAGAAAAAUUGCUAUAGGUUUCAGAGUAAUUUUACACAUAAGCAUCUCGUUCCUCUUACAUGUGUGUGUAAAUAGAAUCUAUCUAUUUCUUUUUUGGGAGGGGCUGGGUGGUUGAGACCUUUUCCAUUUUGACUUAUGUGUAAAUAGUGACAAUUCUCUUCUAAUUCUUUGUCAUUAAGAAAUCCUCUUUAUCCAAUUACUUCUUUUGUAGGCGAUUCCCUUUCUCGUGGGCUGUCCAGCAUGCUUGAGAAAUUUUUUGAAUUUGUUUUGUGAACUUACAUGCUCUCCGAACCAGAGCCAGUUUAUCAACGUCACAUCUAUUUCCAAGGUAAAAAAGAAUUCUACUGUCAAUGGAAUUGAUUUUUUCAUAACAGACACUUUUGGUGAGGAGUUGUACGAAUCCUGCAAGGAUGUAAAAUUUGGUUCAAUGAAUACCAGAGCCAUAGAUUUCAUUGGCGCAGGUGCUAAAAAUUUCAGAGAGUGGUAUGCAUUUAUUGGAAGACGAGCACCACCGGGAGUCCCCGGAUCUCCAUAUGCAAUUAAUUUUAGACCAGCUGCUCCUGAGUCAUCUGGAGUGAAACCUAUGAAUGUGUCUACGUAUUCAUGCGGUGAUACAUCACUAGGCUGUUCAUGUGGUGAUUGCCCUUCAGCUUCUGAUUGCUCAAGUUCAGCUCCUCCUCCUGCUCAGACAGAAGGUUCUUGUUCAGUGAGAAUUGGGUCUCUCAAGGUGAAGUGUAUUGAAGUUGCUGUCACAAUUCUAUAUGUUGUACUAGUCUCUGCUUUUCUUGGAUGGGGCUUUCUCCAUAAAAAAAGAGAAGAGACUCCGGUUUCGAGAACAAAGCCAUUGAUCAGUGCCACUGGAAAUGGUGUCAUCCGCCAAAGCAGCAGGCAAAAGGAUGAGAAUAUUCCGAUGCAGAUGCUCGAAGACGUCCCUCAAAUUUCAAGUGGUGUUCAGCUCUCAAUUGUACAAGGAUAUAUGUCAAAGUUCUACAGGAGAUAUGGAACAUGGGUGGCUAGAAAUCCAGUCCUUGUAUUGUGUUCAUCGUUGUUCUUCGUCCUGGUGCUCUGCUUAGGCCUUUUCCGUUUUAAAGUUGAGACAAGGCCUGAGAAGUUAUGGGUCGGCCAUGGGAGUAGAGCUGCAGAGGAGAAACUAUUUUUUGACAGCCACCUCGCACCAUUUUAUAGAAUUGAGCAGCUCAUAAUUGGUACAAUCUCAGACGCAGAUGAUGGAAAGUCACCUCCUAUUGUUACUGAAGACAACAUGAAGUUACUCUUUGACAUACAAAAAAAGAUAGAUGCAAUCAAAGCGAACUAUUCUGGCUCAAUGGUAUCUCUGCCUGAUAUUUGUAUGAAGCCACUUGGCACAGAAUGCGCUACUCAAAGUAUUCUUCAGUAUUUCAAAAUGGAUAGCAGUAACUUUGAUAGUUACGGAGGUAUUGAACAUGUUGAGUACUGUUUUCAGCAUUAUACUUCAGCAGAGAGCUGUUUGAGUGCUUUUAAAGCUCCACUUGAUCCAAGUACUGCUCUUGGUGGUUUCUCUGGUAACAAUUACUCUGAGGCUUCUGCUUUCAUUGUGACAUACCCUGUGAAUAAUGCAAUUGAUAAAGAAGGCAACUAUUCUAAGAAAUCAGUGGCCUGGGAGAAGGCUUUCAUUCAGUUAGUGAAGGAUGAGAUAUUGCCAAUGGUGCAAGCAAAGAAUUUGACCCUUGCCUUCUCAUCAGAAAGUUCUGUUGAGGACGAGUUAAAAAGGGAGAGCACAGCAGAUGCUAUUACCAUCUUGAUAAGCUAUCUUGUGAUGUUUGCCUAUAUAUCCUUGACGCUGGGCGAUACUCCCCGAUUCUCCUCUUGUUACAUUUCCUCUAAGGUCUUGCUUGGUCUUUCAGGAGUUAUACUUGUUAUGCUCUCAGUUCUUGGAUCGGUUGGUUUCUUCAGUGCAGUAGGUGUAAAAUCUACCCUCAUUAUUAUGGAAGUCAUCCCUUUCCUUGUCUUGGCUGUUGGGGUAGAUAACAUGUGCAUUCUGGUGAAUGCUGUUAAGCGACAGCCAAUGGAACUGCCUUUAGAGGGACGAGUUAGCAAUGCUCUUGUAGAAGUGGGACCAUCAAUUACACUAGCUAGUCUUUCAGAGGUUUUAGCAUUUGCAGUUGGAAGUUUCAUUCCGAUGCCAGCAUGCCGCAUUUUUUCCAUGUUCGCAGCAUUGGCCGUUUUGUUGGACUUCCUCCUGCAAGUUACUGCAUUUGUUGCCUUGAUUUGUUUUGAUUUUUUGAGAGCCGAAGAUAACAGGAUUGAUUGUUUCCCAUGUAUUAAAGUGUUUGGUUCAAAUGCUGAUCCUGAAAAAGGUAAUCAACAGAGAAAACCUGGGUUGCUGGUACGGUAUAUGAAGGAUAUUCAUGCCCCCAUCUUGAGUCUCUGGGGAGUAAAACUUGUCGUCAUAUGUGUCUUUGCUGCUUUUGCAUUGGCGAGCAUUGCAUUAUGUACAAGGAUUGAACCUGGUUUGGAACAACAAAUUGUUCUUCCUCGUGACUCAUACCUUCAGGGUUACUUCAAUAAUAUCUCAGAAUAUCUCAGAAUUGGACCACCUCUGUACUUUGUUGUCAAGAACUAUAACUUUAGUUCUGAAUCAAGACAAACGAACCAGCUUUGUUCUAUCAGCCAAUGUGACUCCGAUUCUCUAUUGAAUGAGAUUGCCAGAGCAUCUUUAAUACCAGAAUCAAGUUACAUUGCUAAACCAGCUGCUUCAUGGCUUGAUGAUUUUCUUGUUUGGACAUCUCCAGAAGCAUUUGGGUGCUGUAGAAAAUUUACAAAUAGUAGUUUUUGUCCCCCUGAUGAUCAGCCUCCUUGUUGUUCACCCAGUAGUGGUGGCUCCUGUAGCCCAAAUGGCGUAUGCAAGGAUUGUACAACGUGUUUCCGUCAUUCAGAUUUAGCAAAUGGUCGCCCUACAACUGAACAAUUUCGAGAGAAGCUUCCAUGGUUCCUGAAUGCAUUACCUUCCAGUGAUUGCGCUAAAGGUGGCAAUGGGGCUUACACCACUAAUGUGGAGCUUGAAGGCUACGAGGAUGGUAUUAUUAAAGCAUCAGCCUUUCGUACAUAUCACACGCCUCUUAACAAACAAGUUGACUAUGUCAAUUCCAUGAGGGCUGCACGAGACUUCAGCUCAAGGCUUUCUGAUUCCCUAGAGAUGGAGAUCUUCCCGUAUGCAGUGUUUUAUAUGUUCUUUGAGCAAUAUCUAAGCAUAUGGAGGACGGCCCUAAUUAACUUAGCUAUUGCUAUUGGUGCUGUAUUUACUGUAUGCUUGGUUAUCACAUGUAGUUUUUGGACUUCAGCUAUUAUCUUGCUUGUGCUGACCAUGAUUGUUCUGGAUCUAAUGGGAGUAAUGGCAAUUCUAAAAAUCCAGCUCAAUGCUGUAUCUGUUGUUAACCUUGUGAUGGCCGUUGGUAUUGCUGUUGAAUUCUGUGUCCAUAUAACACAUGCCUUCUUGGUUAGCAGUGGAGAUAGAAACCAACGCAUGAAGGAGGCCCUGACUACUAUGGGCGCUUCUGUAUUCAGUGGUAUCACGCUUACAAAGCUGGUCGGUGUCAUUGUUCUUUGUUUCUCAAGGACAGAAGUUUUUGUGGUUUACUACUUCCAAAUGUACCUGGCUUUGGUUCUUCUUGGUUUUCUACAUGGACUCGUAUUUUUACCUGUACUAUUAAGCAUUUUUGGUCCGCCAUCAAGAUGUGUGCUUGUAGAGAAGCAGGAGGAUCGGCCAUCUACAUCUUCCCAAUUCUAAUCUAAUCAGAGUCUCCUCUUUAGGAAAUAUAUUCUUUUGUUCAGAAGCCAUGACUUGAUGUUUGAUCCACCAGAUAGCAAGCAGGAUAACCGGUGAUCUACCUACAGCACAAAUCUGAUACAAGCUAAUGCAUUAAAAGAGCUGCCUUUUGUAGGAUACAUAAUCUUUUCUUUUUCUGUUUCUCUUUUUCUCUAGCUUUUGGGUUUUUGGGUUGGGGGAGGGGGUUAGGAGGGAGAGCUUUUGAAAGUACAUGGCUGCAUGUAUAACCUUCUGGAGAACACAUCAGAAUAGUUCUGUUAAUUGUAAAUUAAUACAAUUAUAUUCUCUGUAAAAGAAGUAAAAAUGAAAGGUAUACAUAUCUUUGGUUUCAGAGUCAA